CAGCGCCAAAACCGAACAAAGUAGGAGUUCCACAAGGGUCAGUUCUGUCCCCACUCCUCUUCAAUUUGGCCAUGGCGCGUCUCCCCGGUCGACUGCAACAGGUAUCCAACCUCCACUUCACCAUCUAUGCGGACGACGUUUCCCUCUGGACAGUGCGCGGCGACGUUCCGCAACAACAGCGCAUCCUUCAACGGGGGAUCGACGUCGUGACAAGUCACCUCCAAAGCGUAGGCUUAACCGCCUCGCCGGAUAAGACAACCUACGUAGUCAUAGCCCCCAGACGGGAAAGGGACGCGAACAUCAGCUCAACUCUUCACUUGACUCUCGCGGGCCAACCGAUCAGAUCAGCACCUGAGGUACGCAUCCUAGGACUACAAUUCCACGAGGAUGGCACCGCAAAGGCUUGGCUAACAAUGGUCACCCAACAGUGCCAGGCAGCACUAAACGUCAUUAGAAGGAUCAGCGGCACCAGAGGAGGCGCUGACGAGGAAGUUGCCCGCCGCAUGGUGAAAACCCUCAUCGUCUCCCGCAUCUGCUACGGUGCCCCCCACUACCGACUUACCAACACACAAUGGAAGAAACUGGAAAUCCUUACCAACAACGCAGCUAGAAUUGUCACUGGCCUCCCCCGAUAUACACCGCUAGACAAGCUCAAGGCACACGCGAAGCUCAACACGGCUCGAGAAACCGUAGAGGAGAGAGCACGAGCUCAUCUAGAGCUACUCCAACACUCAGCCUCCGGACGACAAAUCCUAGAGAUGAUCGGCUCAGAUAUCAGAGCCCUUCCCCCUCUCCCGGAGGUUGACCCCCCAUGGAGCGACGAUGUGUGCCUCGUGGACGAUCGACCAGUACCAAGGGGAGCCGGGCCCAGUCGCCCUGGCAAGCAAGCUUGCCAAGUGCGACAGCACUGCAAACUCGUCCAAGAGUGGACGGACACCAAUGAGAAGCUCGCAGUAUACACUGAUGCGGCUUUCGUCUCCUUCCCUAAACCGAUUUGCUCCGCUGCGGUUGUGAUUCCCCGCCUAGGAAUCACCAUGGCCGAAACAUUGCCCGGCGGCACAUCGGUCAAGGGCGGAGAACUUGGAGCUAUCCAACUGGCACUGCGCACCGUCAUCGAGAAGGAAAUCCGACCGACACACCUACAGAUUUUCACUGACUCUGCGGCUGCAUUAAUAGAAUGUCGCUCUCGCCACUCCCCGAACAAGCGAGUUAAGGCAAUCCGAAGGAUGGCCUCCGACCUAAUUGCAGCCGGUACAACCAUCAAAGUGUCCUGGAUACCUGCCCACGCAGACAUUCAGGGCAACGUACAAGCUCACUGCAUGGCCCGCGCGCAUCUGGAUUCCCCCCGCGAGCCGAGUAGUGUGCCAAGUCACCUACAAGAACACGGGUACUCGCUCCCGCCUGAGCUUGGCGACGAUGGCGAAGACCCAGACUACGACCCUGAGGAGGCAAAACAGCUCGUUAAAGAAUCCUCAAGACAGACCCUGAGGGCAGCCCUGACCCCCUGCGUAAAUCCGCUCCCGAGCGGAAUGGGCAGGGGAUCAACGGUGCUGCUCCGGAGGAUAAUCACAAACACCACAUGCACACCGGCACGCAGGACGCAUUGGACCAAGCCACCUACAUCACCCCAUUGCAGCUUCUGUCAAGACCCCAGCCUUCUUGCCGACCAAAGCCACUUACUCUGGGACUGUCCGGAGCUGGAAGAGAUUCGCCGAAAACACAUACCACCAGACGUAUCCAGCAUGGAGGAAUGGGUCCAUCCUCAGGGCCCUCCCGACAAACGUCGGGCAGUUAUGACCACGCUCGUGGAUUUCAUCCACGAUGCGGGGCUCACCGCCUAUCUAUAACCCCCCUCAACCCCUCAACCCCUUCCCUUGGCCAUAGAUCCAGGCUUGUAAGCCACCGAUCUCAGCCCCAUUCUC